AUGAUUAAGAACAAAGAGGAUAGAGUUUACAGACUCAAGAAGGCAUUAUAUGGCCUUAAGGAAGCUCCAAGAGCUUGGUAUGAAGAAAUCAACUCUUAUUUCACAAAGGUUGGUUUUCAAAGAAGUCCUAGUGAAGCAACAUUUUAUGUGAAAUCUGCAGAAAGUGGAAUACUGGUUAUUUCCCUAUAUGUGGAUGACAUUAUUUACACUGGAAGCUCAGGAGAAUUGAUGAUGGAGUUCAAAACUGAGAUGAUGAAAAAAUAUGAGAUGACUGACCUUGGGUUAUUACAUCAUUUCUUGGGUUUAGGUGUGAUACAAACAGAGUCCUACAUCUUCUUGCAUCAGAAGAAAUAUGCAAGGACAUUGCUGGACAAGUUUGGUUUCAAAGAUUGCAAAUCAGUUGCUACUCCUCUUGCAGUGAAUGAAAAAUUAUCUAAGGUGGAUGGGAGUGAACAAGCUAAUGAAAGUGUAUUUAUGCAUGGUCCUACUAGAAAACAUAUGGGAACUGCUAAGAGGAUACUCAUAUACAUUCAAGGCACACUUGAUUAUGGUAUAACAUAUGAGAAAGGGAAAGAAGCAAUGCUUAUUGGCUACUGUGAUAGUGAUUCGUUAGGGAGUGAAGAUGACAUGAAAAGCACAUUUGGAUAUGCAUUUAGUCUUGGAUCAGGUGUAUUUUCUUGGGCAUCUAUCAAGCAAAGCAGUGUUGCACUAUCCACUGCAGAAGCUGAAUAUGUUAGUGCAGCAGAAGCCACUGCACAAGCAAUCUGGUUGAGAUUUGUUCUCUCAGAUUUUGGUGAAGAACAGGUUGGUGCUACUCCAAUUCUAUGUGAUAAUACUUCAGCUAUAGCCAUAACCAAGAAUCCUGUGCAUCAUCAUAAGACAAGGCAUAUAAACAGGAGAUUUCAUUUCAUUCGAGAUGCGUUUCAAAAUGGAGAGAUUGAUUUGUUAUACUGCAAGAUUGAAGAGCAAACUGCAGAUAUUUUACCAAGGCAUUGGCCAGGGAUCGUUUUGAAUACCUAA